AUGCCAGUAGAAAUCGACGCACCUCAGCGAGAGCCCAUCCUCGAGGCUCACCCACUGAGUCAAGACUUGUUUUCAGAGUUCGGAACAGUCAUCGAGAAUCCGGCACCGUCUCUCGUUCCUUCGCAAACCUGUGAAGCGCCGCCAAAUGCCGUGCAAGCGAACCAAGGGAGUGCGUUGAAGUAUUUGGAUGUUACCCAUAUGAGAGAUCUCUAUGCUUCAGGUACUCCGAGUAAGAAAGCCGCCAAAGCAGUCAUGAAUAUGUUCGUUUGUGCGCCCAGGGUCCUUCUUCCCUCAGACACGCCCCAGGUCGAAGGCCUCUUUCCCGUCAAUAUUUUAGAACGCCACCCUUAUACCACCCAAACGUUUAUUCCUCUGGGUCUUUCGCGGGCAGAAGCCAAACAGAGCAGAUAUCUUGUCAUUGUUGCUCCAAGUUUCCCACCCUCACCAAAAGACGAGUGUUUCCCGGUUCCGUCUAUUACUACCAAUGGCGAUCCGCUGCCAGGGAGAGGUCUGCCCGACCUCAUGAGGAUCAAAGCUUUCAUUGCAAAUGGCUCACAAGCAGUCACGUAUGGAGCUGGUACUUGGCAUGCCCCGAUGGUUGCUAUAGGGAAAUACCCCAUCGCUUUUGUGGUAGUCCAGUUUGCAAAUGGAGUUGGUAUUGAAGAUUGCCAAGAGGUGGAAAUAGGGAGGGGACGAAUUGAUCAACUUCAGGUGGCGGUUCCUGCUUCUGAUCAAAAUCGGGGACUCUGGAGGCUCUGA